AUGUCAAGUGACUCUUUACCAAACGACCGCGAGGCAGCCCUGCAGAAGCGAAAGAAGGACCACAUUGACAUCUGCCUAAACAAAGAUGUGGAACCGCACAAGGCGUUAGGUUCGAUUUGGAAUAAGUACUCUCUUCCCUACCGCGCGUUACCGGAGGUAGAUCUUGCGAAGGUGGAUCCAUCCUGCACUUUCAUGGGGCGGCAAAUCGCCUUCCCCUUCAUUAUCUCCUCGAUGACAGGCGGUGAGGCGCACGGGCGGGUGAUCAACGAAAACCUUGCGAAGGCAUGCGAGGCGGAAAAGAUCCCGUUCGGCGUUGGAAGCAUGCGUAUCAUCAACCGCUACCCCUCUGCUGCCUUCACCUUCGAUGUGAAAGCGUUUUGCCCGUCGGUGAUGAUGUUCGCGAACAUCGGCCUCGUGCAGCUGAACUACGGGUUCGGUGCGGAGGAGCUGAAUCGCCUCGUCAACACAGUCAACGCGGACGGCCUUUUUAUCCAUCUCAACCACACGCAGGAGUUAUGCCAGCCGGAAGGGGAUACGAACUUCGAAGGGCUCGUCGGGAAGCUCAAGAGGAUUCUCCCACAAAUUAAAGUGCCGGUGAUUGUUAAAGGGGUUGGCCAUGGCAUCGAUCCGGAGUCGGUGCGGGUGCUCAAAGAAAUAGGUGUACGUUAUAUCGAUAUUUCAGGCUGCGGGGGAACCUCCUGGGCGUGGAUUGAGGGCCGCCGCCAGAGCUAUGAAGACGAGGAAACCAAUAUCGGGUAUAUUUUUCGCGACAUAGGUAUUCCUACUGAUGUUUGUUUGAGGGAGUCCGCGGAGCUGGCGUCAGGUGGGGAUCUUCAUUUGAUCGCCGGCGGCGGGAUUCGUAACGGGGUCGAUAUAGCAAAGUCGUUGCUGAUGGGCGCGGAGGUAGCAACCGCGGCGAUGCCGUUUUUGGCUGCAUCUUUGGAGAGCUCAGACCGUGUUAGGGUGGUUCUUCAGCGCCUUAAGAGGGAGUUUCAAUUGGCUAUGUUCACCUGUGGUGCGCGGAAUGUGGAGGAGUUUCGUAAAAUGAAGAUCAUCCAACGGCAACACUUGUGA